ACAGAGAGGAUCCAACUGGGAGACACAACAACACUUACACAUCCCAUCCAGUCAGUCUCCUCCUGUUCUUUAUUUAUUUUCCACAUUCUUCCACUCUCUCUCUCUCUUCCCAUAGUCUUCUCUUUACUUCCACAGAUCUUGAAUCAACAACACCAUAAUUCCCACCUACACAUUUUUCAAGCAAGAAAAAUAAUGGGUUUCUCUUUCUUAUCAAAAUCAAGAACUCCUUGCAUUCUCUUCUUGUUUCUACUUUCUUUCACUUCAACAGAUGCUUAUGACCCACUUGACCCAAAUGGUAAUAUCACGAUCAAAUGGGAUAUUAUACAAUGGACCCCUGAUGGUUAUGUUGCCACAGUUACGAUGAACAAUUUCCAACAAUAUCGUCACAUCGCUUCCCCUGGCUGGUCACUAGGAUGGACAUGGGCAAAAAAGGAGGUAAUCUGGAGUAUGGUGGGAUCACAGACCACGGAACAAGGUGAUUGUUCAAAAUUUAAAGGAAAUGUUCCACAUUGCUGUAAAAAGAAUCCAACCGUUGUAGAUUUACUUCCCGGAACGCCUUACAAUCAGCAAAUUGCAAAUUGCUGCAAAGGUGGUGUGCUUAGUUCAUGGGCUCAAGAUCCUACCAUGGCAGUUGGGGCGUUUCAAAUCAGUGUUGGUAGAGCCGGAACCACAAACAAAACUGUUAAAGUGCCUAAAAACUUCACCUUGAAUGCCCCGGGACCCGGUUAUACUUGUGGGCCGGCAAAAAUUGUGAGACCUACUCAGUUUAUUCAACCAGACAAAAGGAGAGUGACUCAAGCACUCAUGACAUGGAAUGUUACAUGCACAUAUUCACAAUUUCUGGCUCAGAAAACUCCGACUUGCUGUGUCUCCCUCUCAUCUUUCUAUAACGAUACCAUUGUACCCUGCCCAACAUGUGCAUGUGGCUGCCAGAGUAACUCAUCUCAGUCCGGAACUUGUGUUAAUCCAAAUACGCCACAUUUGGCAUCGGUUGUUUCUGGUAAUGGAAAGAAUAAUUUAUCACCUUUGGUUCAAUGUACUAGUCAUAUGUGUCCAAUCCGAAUCCACUGGCAUGUUAAGGUUAACUACAAGGAAUACUGGCGUGUGAAGGUUUCCAUUACUAAUUUUAAUUACCGUAUGAAUUAUUCCGAUUGGAACUUGGUUGUUCAGCAUCCAAACUUCGACAAUUUGACUCAGCUGUUCAGUUUCAACUACAAGUCAUUAAAUCCUUAUGGUUUAAUAAAUGAUACAGCAAUGCUUUGGGGAGUUAAGUUCUAUAAUGAUUUUCUUAAUCAUGCCGGCCCUAGUGGCAAUGUUCAAUCUGAGCUACUCUUCCGAAAGGAUAAAUCAACUUUCACUUUUGAUAAGGGCUGGGCUUUCCCUCGAAGGAUCUACUUCAACGGCGACAAUUGUGUGAUGCCACCACCUGAUGCUUAUCCAUGGUUACCUAAUACUGGUUCUCGGCAAGAGGUUUCAUUGUUUGCUUUAGUAAUGGCCUCCUUGGCAGUCUUAGCAUUCUAUGCAUAUGUUUAAGGUUCCAACCUGUGAUUAUACUUUAUCAUUGUAAUAUAAAAUUUUCAGUCUAACCAGUUUUGGCUUCAUAUUUGUGAUGUCAAUUUGGUUUUCGAGGCGAUCAGAGGGACUGACUAUACACGGGUGGCGAUUUGAGAUUUGCUCAUGCAUCCCAGGAUUUUUACGUAGGAUUCAGCAUAUUCAGCAUAUUGGUCGUAGAAUAUGUUACUGUUUUGUUAUUUGUGUCCUAUGUGAUGCAAUGUAACUUUAUCUGUAAUUAUAACAAAUAUAUACAUCAACAUUAAAUGAAAAUAUAAGCUUGAUGAAUCUUGUGCGGACUUGAAA